ACGCAGUGCCCAAACAUCAGUUUUUUAAAAUUAUUUUUCGAUUUUUUCACCAGCUCGAAUUCAAGAUGAAAUAUUUCGCUGUGCUGCUGUUGCUCUGCGCGCUGCUGGGUGCUGCGCUGGCCACACUUAAGAAUCCUGCCUGCGGUGAGGAGUUUGGCAAAAUAGGCAACUGUCGCGCCCAGAAGUCGAAGUGGACCUAUCGCCGGGACACCAAUGAGUGCAUCAAUUUCACCUACGGCGGCUGCCAAGGCAACAACAAUCUCUUCGACACGAAGAACUUGUGCGAGCAGACCUGCAAAGUUUAAGUGGAACUUGUUUUGUUAAAUAAUUAAUAUAUAAAUACAUGUUACUUAUAAAAUAACUCAAUUGAGAAUAAUGUGCUUUUUAAUUUCGUAAUAUAUUCAUUUAUUGUUUUUUAA